CUAUCUAAAUGAUGGCGCUUUUGAAGUCGGAAAGGUCUUUAAUAUAACCAAACAUAACGUACGUGCAUGUGCUAGCAGUGAGCACAAUGGAAAUAGUAAUUGAUACUAAAGGAAAUUCUGAUCUUUUAAAGCGAGAUCAAUUGCAGAGCGAGGAUGAUGAUACCGAUGACGACGUGAAAAUUAAAUGCAACGAUAAAAUCAAGCCCUACGUUGCAUUUGGCAUUACUGAGAAAAAGAAACCAAAAAAAAAGAAGAAAGUAGUUUCCAGCAAUGACUUUGAUCUAGAACAAUUUGAAGCUGAUAUGGGUUGGAAAUCUUCGAAGGCAACCUAUAAGCCAAUGGAAGAAUUAACAAACUUGAGAAAAGAGGUUAACCCACUCGACAAAAUCCUGGAGAAGAGUGUUAUCAAGCCUGGUUUCGAGCAGCUGCACGUCGUACCACCGUAUGAGUUAAGUAAACACCAAUUGGAAUUACGCAAGCAACGCCAGAGGAAAAAGAUGGGCGCAGGUGCGGGAUGGUGCAACUUGCGUACGCCUCAUGUAACGCCAGAGAUCAGACGCGAUCUCGAGGUGUUGCAAAUGAGAUCCGCGUUGGACCCUAAACGCUUCUACAAGAAGAACGAUUUGCAAACGUUGCCGAAACAUUUCCAUGUCGGCAAAGUUGUCGAUUCACCAAUGGACUUUUACUCUUCGCGUCUUACCAAGAAGGAGCGAAAGAGGACAAUCGUCGACGAGCUCAUGGCAGAUGCUCAAUUCACGAAAUUUAACAAGCGCAAGUACAAGGAUAUUAUUGACGAGAAGAAGAAGAAGACACAUUACAAGGCACAUCAACAUGCGAAGAGAUUGAAAGGAAAACGCAAGUAGAUUAUGAUGAUUACAUAGGAUACGUUUUAUACAAUUGAGGAAGAGCAAACUUGCAAGAAGUACAUUAUUUAAUUUUCGAUCUAUAAUAAAAAAUGUCGAUUCACUCGUUUGUACAGUUUC